AUGGCGUGUGCACCGUUCCUGGCCAUCCGAACUCUGCAACAACUUUGUGCGGACGAGGGGGCGCAGUUUCCUCAAGGUGCCACAGUACUUCGGCUUGAUUGCUACGUCGACGACGUGGUCACCGGCGCGGACAACCUCGACGAUGCCGUCAACCUCCAGACGGAGCUGCGCAACCUCUGCAUGGCGGGCGGAUUUCCACUGAGGAAGUGGGCCUCGAACCAUCCAGAGGUCCUCACAGGAGUCCCACAGGAGCAUCGGCUGCAGCAAGGACCACAUUCCUGGGAAGGAGAGAGCCAUUCGACAUUGGGCCUGCGAUGGCGUCCUCAGGAUGACCGGUUUGCCUUCGCAAUACAUCCUCGGCCAGUCAGCAAAUUCACGAAGCGACGAGUCCUCUCCGAAACUGCACGCCUAUUCGACCCGAUGGGCUGGCUCGCGCCUGUCGUCAUUCGGGCGAAGAUCCUAAUCCAAAGCACCUGGCUUCAGCAACUUGAUUGGGACGCUCCACUGCCGGCCAAGGAUGCUCGACAUUGGCAACAGCUGUUGGAUCAGUUGCCGCUGCUCAGGCACAUACGCGUGAAUCGCUGGCUCAGCACCGACAACGAUCACUCGAGGUUGCAGCUCCACGGUUUUGCUGAUGCUUCCGAACGAGGAUACGCCGCAGUAGUCUACCUCCGCACCACUGAAAGGGGAAAACCGUCAAUUAAUCUACUCAUGGCGAAAUCCAAGGUCGCACCCGUCAAGCAGGUUUCGUUGCCGCGACUUGAGUUGUGCGCUGCUAGCCUACUCACCACGCUCACGCUGCAUGUCCGCGACAUUCUCGGCUUGGCAACUACUCCAGUAUAUCUGUGGUCCGAUUCCCAGGUCACGCUUCAUUGGAUCCAGGGACACGCCACUCGCUGGAAAACUUUCGUCGCCAACCGGGUAGCUCAUAUCCAGACACAGCUCCCGGACGCUCGAUGGAGACACGUAGCCGGGAAGAAUAAUCCUGCAGACUGCGCAUCGAGAGGAAUUACUCCUGGAGAAUUAAUCAACCACGCAUUAUGGUGGACUGGACCUACCUGGUUGGCACUGGACGAGACAGCAUGGCCCAGCUCAGAGGUCCACAUCGCAGAGGAUGACCUUCCUGAACAGCGCACCACCAGCCUGAUGACCAAGGGCUCCGUCGUCGUCGAACCGGACAUCCUUCUUCGGUUCUCUGCGCUUCAUCGGCUGCUACGCGUUACGGCUUGGUGUCGUCGAUGGCUCAACGUGGCGAGCCGGGAGGUCACACCUGGUUGUCCACUACACCCCGACGAGCUGGACGCCGCCCUACUCCAGUGGCUUCGAGUAGUACAGGCGCUCCACUUCCCGGACGAGAUAGCUGCUGCCACCGCAGGACGCUCCGGCCCACCACGCAGUUCACUGAUCAAGCUGAAUCCGUUCAUCGACGACCAAGGUGUACUGCGCGUUGGAGGACGUCUCAAACACGCACUGCUGCCCUACGACGAGAAGCACCCGGUGAUCAUACCGCCGGCCUCCUGGAUGACACGACUGCUGAUCGAGUCCUGCCAUCGUCGCUCUCUGCACGGCGGCGUCCAGAUGACACUCGGUCUGCUUCGCCUUCGGUUCUGGGUACCACGCGGAAGGACCGUCGUCAAGCAGCAACUGCAUCGGUGCGUCACUUGCACUCGCUGGCGCGCUGCCACGCCACAGCCUCCAAUGGGCCACCUUCCUCGGGACCGAGUGACGCCAACUCGACCUUUCUUGAGCACUGGACUGGACUACGCGGGACCAAUUUCCAUCCGGACCAGCAAGGGACGCGGACACCGCUCACAGAAAGGAUACAUCGCGGUCUUCGUCUGCUUUUGGUCGAAGGCCAUCCACCUCGAGGUCGUCUCGGAUUACAGCUCCGAGGCCUUCAUCGCCGCCUUACGCCGCUUCGUCUCUCGCAGAGGACUGUGUACGGACGUCUACAGCGACUGCGGCACAACAUUCGUUGGCGCCGAUCGCACCCUGCGGGAGCUCUUCAAGGCGUCGACCUCCGAGGGCCUUCACAUCGCCCGCGCCGCCAACACUCAAGGGAUCCGCUGGCAUUUUAAUCCGCCAGCGGCCCCUCACUUCGGUGGUCUUUGGGAGGCUGCCGUGAAAUCCACUAAAUUUCACCUCCGCCGAGUAAUCGGCGACACCACGCUCACUUUUGAGGAGCUUAACACACUCCUCACACAAAUCGAGGCGUGUCUUAAUUCUCGUCCGUUGCAGGCUCUGUCAGACGAUCCAGACGACACUUCAGCACUCACUCCAGGGCACUUCAUCAUCGGCGCGCCUCUAUUAGCUAUACCUGAGCCGUCACGGAUCGGACAAUCAUCAUCCACGCUGUCACGCUGGCAUCACCUGCAGCUGAUGCGAGACCAUUUUUGGCAGCGGUGGUCGGCUGAGUACGUGCACGGGCUCAACCCCCGCACCAAAUGGGUCAAGGCCGAGGCCGCACCUCACGUCGGGGACCUUUGCAUCAUCCGCUCGGAGCUCACCCCUCCGACUCGAUGGCCUCUUGCAAGGAUCACGAGACUGCAUCCCGGGGACGACGGUGUCGUCCGCGUGGUCUCAGUACGCACCGCCACAUCCGAAUUCGUACGCCCGAUCAUUAAAUUGGUCAUGCUCCCGGGCGCGGAUCGUAUUCCGGACACGAAUAACGCGGACACGCCGUCCGCCGGCACGUAA